UCAUCCUCCUCGUCCCGGUUGAACGGCGUCACAGCAGCCGCGAUGUGUCAUUUCGACGGAUAAACUACCGACCGACAAAGCCGUCCCGUCUCCCUGCUGCCUGCCCGCCGCCGAGCCCGGGAAUCGGGAUGAGGGAGAUGAUCUCUCCGACGGGCAACAUGUCUGUCAUCGCGCUGACUUUGGCGCUGCUCACCGUCGUCCUCUGCACUUCUCCGGUCAGUGGGAAUGAGGACUGUCUGUGGUACGUGGAUAAAAACGGCACCUGGCACAAUGGCUUCGACUGCCCUCUCAUCACCUUCUGCUGUGGGAACUGCCACCGGCGCUACUGCUGCCUGGACGCCUUCAAGAUGAUCACAGAGAGGGAGCAGAAACGCUGCAUGCUCUUCCAGUUCAGCCCCACCACUUUGGCUGGCAUCGCCUCCUCCAUCCUCCUGUUUGUGGCCAUCAUCGCGACCAUGGUCUGCUGCUUCAUGUGCUCCUGCUGUUACCUCUACCAGAGAAGGCAGCAGAGGGGUAGGACACCUUACGAUGCCCAGCAGAUCCCCAUGUCCAACUACCCAGUGGAGCCUAUGUAUGACGCUUAUGGAAAACCACUGGGACCUUCUGAGUAUCCACAUGGGGGUUAUCCAAUGGCGCCCCAGUACCCUGGCAUGCCUCCACAGUACCCGAUGAUGCAGCCUGGACCUUAUCCACCACACCUGAUGGAUCCUGCGUACAGCCAGGCCCCUCCACCUUACUCUCCACCUCAGUAUCCUGGUCAUUGAUGGGGCUCGUCUACGCACACACACACACACACAGACAGACAGACAGACAGACAGUGGGAAACAACCGCAGCUGAAAGAAAAAUGACUGUUUCAAAAGGAGAAGGCAGCAACGCUCUCUCACACACUCAAACAGACACACAUACACUCAAACACUACAGCUUGACUAGCAGUGGUUUGCCUGUUUUAAAGAGAACAGGAGGCACUUUAAGGUUUUUUUUUUGUUUGUUUGUUUGUUUAUUUACAACAUUGUCCUACUUUUCUGAAGUAUUUACGUAAGUGAAAUUGUGUUCUGCAACAUGGCGCCUGAUUGCUCCCGGCGGGUUUUCGCAGAGGGCGUCACACCAUCCCCCAAAAGUGAGGAGGUCAUACGGCUGAACUCUGCACUGCCCCCUCCUGCUCUGACACCCUCACCUCAAUGACAGGUUGUCACUUAACGACAGGGCUCAUUACCUAACGGGAGAGGGGGCCAGGAGGGAUUUACAUAAAUGAUAAUGCUCUCCCUCUUCUUGGUAUUUAAGGGGGGGUGAAAUGCUUUUACUUCUUCCCUUUUAGUAAAAUUUGAAUGAAUUGAUACCUGCCUAAGUCUACAUUCCACGUCAUCUUGGUCUUUCUCCAAAUGUGAUCAUGAUGUCUUUAUCUCUGUAUUUGAUGGUUUGGGGGCUUUUUUUUUGUUUUGUAAUGUAGUAUCGGGUAAAAAAACAAACAAAUCGCAUGUUUGAUUAAAGAGGUGACACUUGUGGCUCAAAGGCAGUGCAGUACUCUCUUAAAUGUUCUCAGAUGGCCUAAUGGAUUUUAAGGUUCUCCUAAUUCUGUGUGAGAAGCUUUUAGUCACCUGUUAGUUUGUCUUCUUUUUGUUUUUGUGUCUGACUCGACUAAUUUACUUCAUGGUAGUGUAUUAGCUGCACCAUUGUGAUGUAACAUCUCAACAUCAGCAUGCUACCCCAAGUCAAAGUCAUCUGUCCUCUAAUGCUUCUUUUCUGGUUUUAAAUGAAUUAGAAAAUGAGUCUUUAGAUUAAACCCAUAAUGCCAGUUAGGAUGUUUUACAGUGAAAAUUCAUGUUAACUGUUUAUUUUUGUUUUUCCUUGUAACAUAUCAGGUCAGGGGAGUUGCAGGUCAUGCUGCUUGAUUAAAACAAAAUGUCCUGCCUUACAAUAAUUAACCACGAGAAGAAGAAAAAAAGAGAUUAACUAUUUAAAUACAUAUUUUGUAAAUCUGUUCUUCAGCUAAAUAUUUUAUGAUAUUGUAACAAGUUAUUUUAGACCUAAUGUAUUGUUAUUGUAACAUACGAUAUGACGUUUGAGCAUUUUGGCAUCUUUCCAUUGGGUAUUUAUUAUUAUUAUUAUUAUUAUUAUUAUUAUUAUUGCAGUUACCUUUUACUGUGAAUGGGUUCUCACUUUUUGGACAAGCUGCAAAGCCAAAAAUCACUACUGUUGACCUCCGCUCCCAUAGUUCAACAUUUUGGGGGAUGUUCUGAUUUGCUGUCCUGCCUGUAGUUACGAUGAGAAUGUCGGUACCAAUCUCAUGUCUGUAAGGUAACUAUGUCGCUAGCUAAGCUGCAGCCGUUCAGCGUAGCUUAGCAACCGACUGAGAUAAUGGGGAAACAGCUUGCCUGGCUGCAUCUAAAGGCGACAAAAAGCUCUAUAAAGCAAUUAUUGUUUGUUUGUUUAAUCCCCAUAGAAACCUAAAUGUCAAACAAUUUGCUGUUUUAUGGGAUGUUAUAUGGCAGAAGAGUCUAUUUCUUUGCUGAGAGCGGACGUCUGUACAUCUGUAUACAUCCACAUGAUAAUUAAUGGGCUUUUGGGGGCGCUGGUAGGGGGAUUUUGUCCCCUUUGGACCGGGCCAGGCCAGCUGUUUUGAGACUUUGUGCUACACUGAGCUAACUGGCUGUGGCUGGACCAGUUAGCUAACAUACAUCUAGUUUACCCCCCCUGAUGUGAGUGGUAUCAAUCUCCUCAUUUGGUAUUAACUUGACAAGAAAGCAGAUAGUCUACGCCUGGUGUAUUUCCUAAAAUGUCAAACUGUUCCUUUAAAUUCCCACCCUCAGAUUUGGGCUCCAGUGAGGUCACGGCCUGUAACGUGUAAUUAAUCUGUGCUCCUUGUAAAAAAAAAAAAAAUCUAUGAACUGUAGAACAUGAUGUCUCAAGCAUGUGUUGUACAGUUUGCUGUUUGACGAUUGAUAGCUGAUGGCCAGAUUAUCUUGAUUCAGGUGGAAUUUCUCUCAAACUUAAAGUCAAAUGAAACACAUUAAAAAGAGAAGCCUGGCCAAACUUCUCCUUAAGACUCAAUGCUGUAUCUUGUCUCAGUGUUUAAACCACGCAAUGAAUCAGACAAGACCCAUUACUGCUCGUUUACAGCAUGAAAGGUUUCCUAUGACGGCGACGUCCACGUGUACAGAUUAUCUGAGACUUUUGAAAAGCACAAAGAGAACACUGGACUUUUCUUUGUAAGAUGCUUUCAUAUGUAGUUUGACAUAACAUUUGCUCAAUGAUGUUUCUGUUUAUUUGUGCUUCUAAAACCAACUCCAUGAGUGUGUUUAAUGAAAGUGACAUCUGUUACGGCAAAAUAACUCGGUGGCUUUUUUUGUCUGUCGUCAUAUGGAUGGUACGACAUUGUAAUAUAAAGUUAGUGGAAAGUUUUUAUUUCUAUUAACAUAAAAUUUAACUUUGGAAUGUAAAAUACAAA